AUGGCAACCACUCUCAUUUGUGCUUUUCUGUUUUGUGCAGUGCCAUCGGUGUUGGCAAUCGGUGAUUUGUGGCCGACCUGCUGGCCGGUGCCCUGCUGUACCUCGUGCAAUCCAGCAAACACUUCACAAGCCUACUACGACUACGCGGCCGACCAGGAGUAUUAUGGGUUUCUAGCCGAAACGCCGUCGGCCGGCGUUUGGUCUAAUUGGGUCGACUACACGGCGUGUACGAAAACGUGUGGACUGUUCGGGCGGAAAGUGCAGCGGAGAAACUGUACGUCGUGGUCGUUUGGUUGUCCAUGCACUGGGGCCUAUUCGCGACUCGUCCCUUGCCCUACAACCCCCUGCCCGUGCCCGAAAAACCCGUGUACGAACAUUGCGUGCGCCUCACCAUACCAAAAAUACUUAUCGCAUUCGACGGCUCCCGCUUCGUACCAGUGUGGAAAUGUGACUCGAGCCGAUGAUUUUAAUCGUACUGGCUAUUGUGAAGGGCUAAUGUUUGGCGACGUUGAGUGUAACCCUUGUCCACCAGGAGGAGUAUGGAGCGCCUGGUCAAAUGUCGGUCCAUGCUCGGCCACAUGUGGUCUUCACGGCAAAGUGAAUCAAACAAGAAGUUGUGAGUCGGCAGGCUAUGGAUGUGCUUGCACCGGUCCAACAACUCGGCAGUACCUUUGCCCGAAAAACCUAUGCCCAAAGGUUCCACACUGUGCGCCGGGAAAUGUGGUGGUGAAAAACCUUGUGACCAAGGCAAACCAGUGUGGGCUGCAAUUGGCACCCGAUCAAGUGCUUCAUCCACCAUGUGGCAGUUACACAACGACGACACCGAAGGGGACGACAACAACGACGACCCCAGCAACGGGA